GAUCCGGCGCAACCGUGGGUCGCUCAUGGCAAUAUAUGUGCACAUGAAAUGAAUGUUGUGUCUACGGCAUCUGUGUUGCCUCGAACUCCCGCCGAUAUCAAUGGGCUCCUGAGCCAUUGUGUUUGUUGGCCCUUGAAAAUUCAAGUCUGA